AUGUCUUCCGACCCAGCCAAGGCGACCUCGAGCGUCGACCCCUCCCUGCGGCCCCUGCACGAGGGUCUCUUUAACGCGGGUCUCGCGGUGCGUCGCGCCGUGGUGGGCGACGCGUACGUCGACCGCGCCCUCACAAACGGCAGCUCCGAGUUCUCGCGCCCGGGCCAGGAACUGGUGACGGAAUUCUGCUGGGGUUACGCGUGGACGCGGCCGGGCCUGUCGCGCAGGGACCGCAGCCUGCUGAACAUUGGCAUGUUGAUGGCCUUGAACAGGGCCCCGGAGCUGGCCGUCCACGUCAGAGGGGCCCGGCGCAACGGCUUGAGCGAGGAAGAGAUCAGAGAGGCCAUCCUGCAUGCCACGACGUACUGUGGCGUGCCUGCGGGAGUGGACGCCAUGAAGACGGCCGAGGCCGUGUUGAACGAUAUGGCCGAGAAGGGCGAGAUGGCGAGAGAGUUGGGCGCCAAGAGUAAGGAUGCAUGA